UCCGACGGGGCGGGGACGUGGGGCUCGGCCCGCCUCAUCCCGCCUCCAUCCACCCGCGGGCGGGGGCGCCGCUGGGUCGCUGGUUCUUGUCCAGCCCGGGCUGCCAUGGCGAGCGGAGUGGCCACCGCGGCGCCGAGGCUCUCCCCUCUCCUCCUCCUCCUCCUCGCCUUUUGCCUCGGCGGGGGCGCUGCUGCAGGAACAGAGGAGGUGGCGAUCGGGGAAGUCGAGGGGAACGUCACACUGACGUGCCGGAACGUGUCUCUUCGAGCCGUCAAAGUGGAGUGGUUCCAUGGGAAUCCUGGCUCGAUACCCAUCCUCUUCUCCUCGGACGGCAAGCUCCCUUCUGACGCUCGCUUCUCCCUGGGAGGAAAUGGCUCCUUGCACAUCUCGGGAUUACGCCCCCAGGAUGAGGGAGACUACACCUGCAGGGAGGUGCAGAAUGAGACCGAUCACCUGCACAGGAUCCAGUUGCUCCUGGCCAGUGGCCCCAAGGAUGUGACUAUCAGCAUCCACCCCGCUGUUCCCCUGCCGAACGGCACCCUCUAUGCCAAGAAGCACGACGAUCUCAACUUCACCUGCACCAGCCAGUCCCAGCCGGAGCCCGAGACCCAAUGGAUUGCCACCACCUCUGCCGCUGCACCGGAGCUGUUUACGGACGUCAACCAGUCUCUGAGCUACUUUGUCCUCUACCACAUCCCAUCCAGCUACCAAGGGAACUACUCGUGCUCAGCAACCAACCCACUCAGCGGCCGCCAAGAGACGGUCACUCAAGAGCUCCUGGUAUACCAUCCUCCACCGUCUUUACCCCGCUGUUGGGCCCAGACCUCCGCGGAAGGCUCCGGAGGGGUACUGCUGUUCUGCAACUGGCCCGGCGGCUACCCACACCCCACGCUCCAGUGGACUGGCUUGGGGAACCUGAGCGGGGCCAUCAACGCCACCAGCAUCACGGACACCAGCAUGGCCGCUCUGAGCAGCUCACCCCUGCUGCACGAGAAGGAGUUCACGUGCCACGGAAGCCACAUCCUCCAGCAGGGGGUAGCCCAGACCUGCACGGUGCAGUUGGAGAGCCCUUCGAUCGCGUCCGACCCCAUGAGGAGCUGCUUCUUAGGGUCGGCGGUGACCCUCUCCUGCCAGUUGACAGCUGGCCAUCCGCCCGCCAAGAUCACCUGGCUGCGUAACCUCUCCCAGCCGGAGUCCGAGAUCAGCUCUGGCGGGCGGUUCUUGAUCGCCCAAGAAGGGAACCUCUCCACUCUCAGCAUCCGGAACUGUUCACACGGCAGCGAUGAAGGCUAUUACGUCUGCAAGGCUGAGAACCCCGUGGGGCUGAGGGAGGUGUAUAUCUACCUCACCGUGACCGAGCCUGUCAACAUCGCUGGCAUUGUGGGUGGGGUCGUCAUCCUUUUGCUGAUAGGAGUUCUGAUCUUCUCUGGCAUCCUGCUGUACACUGGCCCCCAUUUGUGCCUGAAAGAUCAUAUACUCAGGAAUCGAGACGCAAAUGACAUCCUGAUAUUGGUGGAUUCUGAGGAAGAGGACCCACUGGCGGAUGAAGCCAGCAACUCCGCUUUGCAUCAGACAAUGCAGCUGGAGAACGGGUGUCCGCCCCAGCCUGCUGAAAGCUCCCCUGCAGAGGUGCCCAGCGCGAUCGCCCAGGAGGAACACCCCCAAGAGCCCCAACCCACGACGUAGAAGAGUUCUCCGUCUUUGCCCUCGUACGCUAGGAGCCAAAGUUCCCUUUGCUGCUUGGUGGCCCUCAGACCCAGAAGGACGAGUCCCUUCUGCAGCCAGGAAAUUGCUCUUCUCGUCUCUCUGUGACCGGCCCCCGUUGACCUUCUGCGCUGGUCACGUUUCCACCCGGAGCUGCCCCUUCCUUCCCUCUUCCUGUUAAACGGUGAGAUUGAAACAAGGAAGGAAAUGCGGCCAGGGGGAAGAGGGUGUUGGCCCUUCCCUUGAAGGAAAGAACGUGAGGAACGGACUUCAUGGGUAAGAAGCGGCCAAGUGGAAAAGCUGGCGAAGAGCAAGCAGGCUGUCCCUUUGGAAACGAAAUCCUAGGACUGCGGAAAGGGGCGCGCCGCCAGCGGCAGGGAUGGAAGGGGCUUCUUGGACCGGAUCGUGUCCACAGCCUCCCUGCUCUGAUCUGCAUUCAACCUCUCCGCUCCUUCUCCACCUCCCUGCACAAUGGGCGGGCUGGGCCAUGGCACCAUUGCUGCUGCUGCCGCCACCAGGCUGUUUCCUCCCUCCCUCUUCCUCCUUGGGCUGGUCCCCUCCCUGAUGUGGGACUGAUUUGCGCACACACACACCCCACCUCCGAUGGCACUGCAGUUUCAUUUCCUCUCUGCUUGGAUCUUCCAGGUGAACCCAAACCCUGAUGUUCAGGGUUCUAACAAUAAAAGCUUGUGAUGCGUCCCUCUAA